CCCGCGUCGCUCGUCCUCCCCACCUUGCCCCGCGCCGCCGCCGCCACCGCUCCCGGAAAUGGCGUCCGAGCCCCCACCAGGCUCCACAGGCGGAGAGCAACGGACUCCGCCGGAGCCCUCCGCCCCGGCCGCCCCCCGCGUCUCCUACGAGCAGCGAUGUGUCGUGCUCGUGGACUGGUGGCUGGAGAGGGUGGAGCGCGAGGAGGGCAAGGUCCGCGUCGCCGGGACCCCCCACGCCCCGCAGAUGAGGAAAGGAGCAUCAUCCUCGAAGGCGAACAGGAAAGUAGCAGGCCGAGUGUUCAGAUCUGCCGCCAUUGCGAAGCGCCACGACGACACCGCAAUUGAGACUGAGGAUGGUUGCCUCAUACGGAUUGGCCGUGUCUUGAACAUUCCCCGAACACUGGACAAUGGAUUUCCUCAAAAGGUGUGCGAAUGCUUCGAGUUUGGCUUUCCGCUUCAAUGGCUUAAGUUUCUUAAUCCAAACAUGGAGCAGCAGAAUGAACAAUCACAAUCAGAAUCUACUGCAGAUGCACCAAGGCAUUCAGUUGAAUAUUACAUGGAGAAGUUAUUAAGAGACACGUCUACCAAUUCAAUGAGAUAUGCUUUCACAGAGAAUGAUUUCUACUCAUCCACAGGGUAUAGCAGCAACACAGAUGGACCUGCUAUCCAAAGCCUUUCAAACUUAACAGAUGGUAAUGCAAGCAACAUGGCUGCAUCUUGGGGAUUAUAUGGCGGCACAAGGAGCAUGCCUGAAAAACCAUUGACACCACCUGGAGAAACAUGUAAGACUGGUCAAGAAAGUGAUCAACAUGAAAGAACGCAGAUAGACGCAAGUGAACAGGGGAUAGUUAAUCGUUCAGUUAGUUCUGUUUCAGUAAAUCUAAGUACAGGUUCCAUCUGCCCCAACUCAAAAGUAGAUGAGAGCAUAUUGGUGCCAUCCAAAAUUGUGCCAGUUGAGAAGGAAGGCUACAGAAGCAGAGUAGAUUGUUGUCAGGCUGAGGAAGCUGCAGAUAUACCUGAGAAUAGGAAUCUGCAGAGCUGUUCAAGUGAACACGAGAUGGUUACACUUCCCAUUGACUCUGCAAUAGUUAAUGAAAAUCUGAACUCUACAUCAUCUGACUUAGGAGAACCAGAAACUCCGAAAUGUGGCAAGGCUUCAGUGAAUCUGGGGACUACAGAUGCAUUAGAACUAACAACUGAAGGUAUGAAUCCACAGUUUGGAGCUGUUAGAGGUUCAGAAGACAGUACGGUCAGGAGAUUACGAAGUGGCAAAGUCUUUGGAACGCCAAGUGGUGGGCCAGUGAAGAGGCGCUACAAGAAGAAAAAUAUCCAGCACGAAGCAUCCAGUAAAAUGAUGGCACCAAAUGAAGGGGGCACAUCUACUACAGAUCUGACUUCUCAUGAAAAUGAUUCCUCAGCUGCUGGGAUUGUCGCUGAAGAUAAGGAGGAAACACAUGAUUCACACCGUAAAGGACGAGGAAGCCAAAUGAAGAACACGAAGAGGAAGAGGGAGUACAAAAGACUGUUCUCAAACUUUUUGUGAAAAUUGUGCAGAGUUUUCCCAACUUGAGUAGCUACUUAUGUAGAUGGAUCGUGCCAUGGGCAGAUGGUGCCGUCGCUCUGUUAUGUCUCACCUCCCAAUUACUACCCCUUAAUAUGGUCCCAGUUAUUCCUAGCACUGAACCCGUUCAAAAGAGUAGAGAUGUUAGGAAUAUUAGUAUCAUGCCAGUUCCAUUUGCAACUGAGGUUUGAUGUAGAAAUGUCGCUUUCAUGCCUUAGGAAAGUGUGAAAUUUGACAUGUUGGGCCGUUCUUCACUU